AUGUCCAGGGUAAAUGACACUGGUCAUGUGAAGGGACGACUGCGUCCGUUGGAGAAGAUUUCUUUCGUUUUAGAGCUUUAUAAGUUGAACAAGAAGGUUUCGAGUUCUCUCGACAACAGACCUGUUCACUUAUGGAAAAUUGUGUCCUUUUUUGACACUUGUUCGCGUGCCAUUCUGGCCAAGGUUUUUCACAAAGUUGAACUGCGCUGUUCCUGUUGGUUUAGGUUUUUCAUCUUUCUUAAUCAAGGCUGUAACUUUGUUUUUGCUAAUUGUUAGGUUGUGUUAAUGUCUGAGCUGACUGUGUCCUAGACGUGGCGUUGCCUAUUUUAUAUCCGUUUACAUGUAGUUUGUGGAGCCUUUGGGGGUUUAAAUGAUCUACUAGAGAAAGUAGUGUUUGGAUAUAAAUGCAGUUAUUGCGCGUUAGUUAUUUAGUUUUCCUUGUAGGUUAUUCGCCAGGCCUUUGUUUAGAAGCAACUUCGCAUGCCUAUUUUGCCUCGGGAGGUAGGUGUAGUUUCUUACUAUGAUGCAGCCUGCAGACAUUGAGUCAUAGGCAUAGGACCGCUUAUCAGAAUUGCUGUCAUCGCUUGCGUCACAAUUACUAAAGCCGCUAUCCUGUAGUUGAAAAAUUUUGGCGAUAUGAUUUUUUUUCUUGCAGGUUGUAAUUGCAAGUAAAGCAUGGAUGGUACUCCCUCCUGCUAUUAGACCGGAUUUCAAUUCAGGGCGGAUUCUACUGUGAAGAAAUAUCUUAACGAGGAAAUAAACAAGUUUUUGCUGUGGUGUGAAACUAUGAAAACUGCGCUACAAUUGCCUUUUUCUUCCUCUGUUGUCACCUUUUAUCUAUUUGGCUUAGAUCAACAGCUUGGGUCCCCGGCCGCAAUGGUUUUGGUGCAUGCUGCACUUUGUUCCUGAAGAUGGUCCCAAUCCUUUGGAUAACGCUUUUUUCAAGAACUUGAUUGCGUGCGCCAAGAGGACAAGGAGCAAUCCAGUUAACAAGAAAAAGCUCAUGGACCCUGCCAUGAUUAGAAGCAUUAUUGGCAGGCACGGGGCUGAGGAAGCACUUUUAAAGGACUUUCGUAUCGCCGCAAGAAGUUCUUUAGGCUUUGCAGGGUUUUUUCGUUUUAACGAGUUGGCUAAUAUUCAGCCAAAACACCUAGCGAUUUUCGAUGGUUUUGUUAAAAUUUUUGUGCCAAGGAAUAAAAUGGAUGUAUAUAGAGAGGGCAACUAUGUCUAUAUCGCUAAGUUAUAA